AUGGAGUCUGAUCGCGCGGCAGCCGAUCUUGGCCCUGAUGUAUCUCUUACAUCCUCUAUCGACGGUGACAUCGCCACACAGCCGAAACAGCCCAAGCGCCGCUUCAUUGGCCGACGUGCGGCAGACGCCAAAGCCGCAGCGAAGGCAGAGGCCGGCAGUGGCUCGAUCGAAGAAACAGGUGCCGUUCAAGUUGCUGCCCGGCGACGGCCUGCUCGCGCAUUGAACAAUGUGCCAGAUGACAUCUUGUACGACAAGGACAUCAACGCCGCUAUUGCAUUGUUGCCCAAGAACUACAAUUUCGAGAUCCACAAGACGAUACAUCGAAUCAGGACAUCUGGCGCGAAACAGAUCGCACUGCAAAUGCCAGAGGGGCUACUACUGUUCGCGACUACCAUAUCCGAUAUUAUCACGCAGUUCUGUCCCGGCGUAAGUACGCUGAUCAUGGGCGACGUCACGUAUGGUGCUUGCUGCAUCGACGACUACACGGCUCGUGCCCUCGGCUGCGACAUGCUUGUACACUAUGCUCACUCUUGUUUGAUUCCCGUCAACGUAACCAAGAUCCAGACGCUGUAUGUCUUCGUGGACAUACAGAUUGAUGUCGAGCAUCUGCUUGCCACUAUUGAACGCAACUUCAAGUCUGGAAGCACGAUUGCGAUGGUAGGGACGAUCCAAUUCAACGCUACUCUUCACGGCACGUCGCAACAACUGCGCUCAGCGGGCUACAAUCUCAUUGUCCCUCAGAUCAUGCCGCUCUCCAAGGGCGAGAUCCUCGGCUGUACAUCCCCUCGGCUGACCAAGGAGCAAAGCGUGGAUCUCAUACUGUAUCUUGGCGAUGGUCGAUUCCACUUGGAAAGCGCCAUGAUACACAAUCCGUCCACCCCAGCGUAUCGAUACGAUCCAUACUCACGGCGGCUAACACACGAGACGUAUGAUCAUGACACUCUUCUUGCAGACCGCUCCAAGGCACUAUCUCAAGCACGAAAGGCAAAGAAAUGGGGCUUGAUACUGGGCAGUCUUGGACGACAAGGUAAUCCUCAUACCAUGACUCUCAUUGAGAACCAUCUUCGCGAACAAGGGAUUACAUGGAUAAAUCUGCUUCUCAGCGAAAUCUUUCCCGGCAAACUGGCUACGAUGCCAGAUGUCGAGUGUUGGGUCCAGGUUGCUUGUCCCAGGCUGAGCAUCGAUUGGGGCUAUGCCUUCCCGCGCCCGCUGUUGACACCUUACGAGGCUCUCGUAGUGCUAGGCGCCCGAAAAGGGUGGGAGGGACAGAUUGAUGAAGUGACUGGCGAGAAGCAGGAGACUGUGUAUCCCAUGGAUUUCUAUGGCAAGAAUGGCUUGGCGAGGGUGAAACCGGACGACCUCGCAGUGAAGCCGGUGGCGUCGAAUAACUGCGUACAAGUUAGUUAA